UUGCACAAACAACUAGGACAGACAUUUCAUCACUUCAUGGACGCUCCGAUGCGGACGUCGUCAAGGCCUGUCACCUGCAUCAGGCAGGCCGCCAACUGGGCAGCUACCGUACCUCGGGUACAGUCUCGAACCUGUCACACUCGCAUCACGCACCGACGGGCCUAGCGCAUGUUGUUUGAGAGCGAAUCUCACCAUCCACCGACUCCUGUCGCUGCGCCUUGUGACUUUUGGUAUCGCAAGACAAUGCCUACGCCAAGCGUAUCGCUAGGACGCGGAACUCGUCCUACGAGUUCGUGGAUCGGGGAUUGUGCACCUGUCUUAGGGGCACGAAUUACACAUAUUCUUUGUAGCAUGUCGGCAAGAUCCAGAAGUCAUUACUACUUACAAAUGGUUUUGCUCCAACGCCUUCAAUUUCAAGGCAUGAUGGAGCCGAGCUUGAGCAAGGAAAACCCCUGAAGUCGGGCUGCCAGAAUCUUCGGCGGGGUGCGAAGGCGUUGUGUGACAGCGGCAGAUGAACAAGAUUCCGAGAGGCGUUCGCUAUGCAAGAUGCACGACUGACACGUGCAUGAC